CACUGCACUUAGAAAGUUGAGGGCACUAGGUGUUUUUCCAUCUCCUCACCAAAAUAGCUAAAACCCCAAAACCCACCGCCCAUACAAGGCCUAGGUUUCCACUCCGCAUCUCGCCGCCGUGAACCGCCAUGGCCUCUCCACUCACAAAACUCCUCCUCAAAUCCACCACCGGAAACCUCAUCCUCCGCCGCGAACUCCGGCGAGCCAAAUCCGACUCCACCACCAAAAUGCAGAUAAUGAUUCGAUCGUUCGAGUCAAUCGACAAAAACCUUCACUGGCAGCUUCCACCGGACACUCGUAAGAUCGGACUACCGUCAACGAGAUCAUUAUUCACCGUGUUAAAAUCACCUCAUGUUCAUAAGAAGGCGAGAGAACAGUUUCAAAUGAAAAUCAACAAGGAGAUGCUUGUUAUGGAAACGAAACGGCAUGAAUUGCAGAAGAAGUUCUUCUGGCUGAAACGACAGCGUAUUUUUGGAGCUCAGUUUGAGAUCCUAUUUUCGUUCAAAACGCGAUUGGAUAAACAGAAGUUGCAGAGUGUGCUUCUGGAGUCUGGAUCUAAACCUCGAGUGAAGGAAGGUUCUGGAAGCGAUAAGGUUGAAGAACGUGAUGUGUUGAAGGCGAUUAGUUCGUUGUUACGUGACGGUUUGUCUUCCGAGGGUUUGGAUUGUUCGGUUAAUGAGAUUGAGGCUUCUGUUGAUGGAAUCAGUGGUGGAUUGUUUCCUCAUGGAGUUGCUAUGAUGAUUCCUUCCGUUGCGAUGCCGGUUCUGAAAGCUAGAGUAGACAGUGAAGGAUCAAAGGCUUCAUCUGGUCAAUUGAUAGAAAAGUUUAUUUUGAAUAAUCCUCAGCGUCCAGCUGUUGAGCUCCAGUCUAACGAAUCAGUAGAGAAAUAUAACUUUGAAAAACUCAGAGUAUCCAUGACUGAAAAUGAUCUUACUGAAUUGUCUCGUGUGACACGUGAUCUACAACUCAACCCUCCAAAAGUUCAAAAAGCUGUUCCAAACUUAUCCGUGCAGAACAUUAAGAAAAAACAUAUGGAAACUCCGACAGAGGUUGGAGAUAUCAAUGGGGUAAAAGUAUUGCAGCAUGAACUCUUUACGAAUGAUGUUCUGUAUGCUGAUUUAGCGUUUGAUAUGACUUCACUUAAGCCUGAGCUUCUUCCGCUAGUUCCACUUUUUUGUCAAUCAUUACUUGAAAUGGGUACAAAAGAUCUGAACUUCGUACAGCUUAAUCAGUUGAUUAAAGAAAAGACAGGUGGAAUAUCAAUAUACCCUUACACGUCAUCAAAGCAAGGUUCAAAGGAUCCUGUUAGUUAUAUAAUGGUUCGAUGCAAAGCCAUGUCAGCAAGCACUGAAGAUUUGUUUAAUCUGAUAACGUGUGUUCUAAAAGAAGCCGAAUUCACAAAUCAAAAGCGUUUCAAGCGGUUUGUCUCGCAAAGCAAAGCAAGAUUAGAGAAUCAAUUAAGGGAUGGUGGUCAUCUUCUUGCAGCUGCACGGCUAAAUGCAAAGCUAAAUCAUGCAGGAUGGAUUGCUGAACAAAUGAGUGGUAUCAGUUACUUGGAAUUCUUGAAAGAUACGGAAAAGAAAAUCGAAGAACAGUGGAGUGAAAUUUCUGUUUCCCUUGAAGAGAUUCGAGGAGCCAUGCUCUCCAAGAAAGGCUGCCUUGUAAAUCUCACUUCUGAUGGAAAAAACCUUAAAAAUGCUGAGAAAUACGUACGAAAUUUCCUUGACUUUCUUCCAACUACUUCCCCGCUUACCACAUCGUCUAUUUCAAAUGCACUACUUUCGUCUGAGAAUGAAGCAUUUACGAUACCUACCCAGGUAAACUACGUCGGAAAAGCAGCUAACAUCUAUGAAACUGGUUACCAACUUAAGGGGAGUGCUUAUGUUAUAUCUAAAUAUAUAAGUAAUACAUGGUUGUGGGAUAACAUUCGAGUUAAUGGUGGGGCGUUUGGAGGCUUCUGUGAUUUCAACACUCGUUCAGGAGUUUUGUCAUUCCUAUCGUAUCGGGAUCCUAAUUUAUUGAAGACACUAAAUGUAUACGAUGGAACAUCGGAUUUUCUACGUCAACUUGAGAUUAAUGAUGAUGCUCUUAAAAAGGCCAUUAUUGGGACUAUUGGUGACCUAGAUUCAUACCAACUACCUGAUGCCAAAGGCUAUACUAGUUUAUUGCGAUACGUAUCAGGGGUUUCGGAAGAAGACCGACAAGCAAGACGUGAAGAGGUGUUAUCAACAAGGCCGAGCGACUUUAAGGAAUUUGCGGACGUAGUUGAUGCCAUCAAAGAUAAAGGCGUGGUUGUUGCGGUGGCAUCGGAACAUGAUGUUGAUGCUGCAAACAAGGAAUGCUCAAACUUGUUUCAAGUGAAGACAUCCUUAUUAUAAGGUCUUCUUUUAAAAUCAUUGUUUUCUUCCUUGGGUUACUAGUUAUAGCACGUCUCGAAAGCAUGCGGCACAUAAUGGUCUGCGUUUAGUAGACAUGGCAGCCGUUCGGGUUCAGGUCAAUUUUGCCGCAUUAAUCGACAGUUAUUCAAGUGAUAUUUGUAAACAUUAUAUGUAGCUUUUUUUAUUUAUUUUUUUAUUUUGGGCUUUUGGAGGUAGCCCUUAGAUUGGGAAGGGAAAGAGCCUUUUGUCAGUUGGGCCUAACUAAAAACCUAUUCUUCACAUUGUCGUUCGUGUAGCCCAUUGGGUUUCUUGCUGUUUUGGACCUUUUAUGUUGUCAUAAAAUGAUCCUGAUCGGUUCUAAUUUAGAUCCAUUCUUAAAAGAUUAUUUCUAUA